CCGGAGUCCCUUGUGGCGCAUCCAGGGGGCUGGGGGAGGCCGAGCCCCCGGGGCACCGACUUGCAGCGAGGUGGGUGGAUCUGGCUGCUCUGCAAAGCGGCGGCAGCUUCCCUCCUCCCCCCGCCUUCUCCCCGCCCCAGCCCUUGUCUCCUCCCUCCUCGCCCCGCUGCCGGUGCCUGCCAAGGGGAUGGCGCGGAGCUGCCUGACAUCACACGCCGGGGAUGGGGGAACGACCACACAGCCCCUGCCGCGGCUGCCUUCAAAAGCGGCGGAGGCGGCUACCGGCUCGUCCCGCAGCCCAGGCAGGCGCAGGGGCCGGCGGGCGAGACUUGGGCAAAACUUCUUGCGCGCCGGGGAGCGCGGCCGGCGAGGGAGCGCGCAGCCUGGGGGCUCCCCCGCUGAUGCGCCCCGGCCCUGAUGGGGGCUUCUGAGCGCGGGGAGCCGAGGCUGCAACCGAGCCCGGAGCGCGGGGCGAGCGGGGCGCUCCACACCCCUCCCGGAUUUGCUCUUUAGAAGCCCCCCCCCGCAGCCUCAUUUGGGUGGGCCCCAAGCCAUGGACAGCCCCGAGGGCUACUCGGUCCAAGCCACCGCGGCCAUCGCUGCCAUCAUCACCUUCCUCAUCCUCUUCACCAUCUUUGGCAACGUGCUGGUGAUCAUCGCCGUGCUCACCAGCCGGUCCCUCAAGGCCCCCCAGAACCUCUUCCUGGUGUCCCUGGCAGCGGCCGACAUCCUGGUGGCCACCCUCAUCAUCCCCUUUUCCCUCGCCAAUGAGCUGAUGGGCUACUGGCACUUCCGGAAGACCUGGUGCGAGAUCUACCUGGCCUUGGACGUUCUCUUCUGCACCUCCUCCAUCGUGCACCUCUGUGCCAUCAGCCUGGACCGGUACUGGUCCGUCAGCCGGGCCAUCGAGUACAACUCCAAGAGGACCCCCAAGAGGAUCAAGGGCAUCAUCCUCAUCGUGUGGAUGAUCGCGGCCUUCAUCUCCCUGCCCCCCCUCAUCUACAAGGGGAACAAGGAGGACAGCCAGGAUGGCAGGCCGCAGUGCAAACUCAACGAGGAGGCGUGGUACAUCCUCUCCUCCAGCAUCGGCUCCUUCUUUGCCCCCUGCAUCAUCAUGAUCCUGGUCUACCUGCGGAUUUAUUUUAUAGCCAAGCACCGGACCCGGCAAGGCUCCAGGGGCAAGAAGCCCAAGGCUGAGAAGAAGGGGACAUCUAAGAAAAUCACUGGCCCGACCUCUGAGACCUCUCCCCAGCAGCUGGGUGCAAGGGAACCCAAUGAGGAUAGUGACCAGCCGGCGACCCCUACGCUCCCUGCCCACAGGACAUCUCUCCUGAGCCUGGAGGAGCAGCAGGAGGUGCCGCCAUCUGCCACUAACCCUUGCCAGCCCCAACCGGAGAAGAAAGAGUCUUCUGGCUCCAGUCCGCUGGAGCGCUCCCCGCACUGCAGCCUCAAGCAGCGCAACGGGCACCCCCAGAGCUCUGUCAAGGGCAUGGAGACCCUGGCCACUGCCAAGGGGGAGGUGCUGCUGGUGAGGAGGGUGAAGACCCUGAGUGCCAACCCUUGGAAGAGGAAGACCCACCUCAACCGGGAGAAGAGGUUCACCUUCGUCCUAGCCGUGGUAAUCGGGGUCUUUGUCCUCUGCUGGUUCCCUUUCUUCUUUCUCUAUAGCCUGGGGGCCAUCUGCCCAGAACUCUGCAAGGUCCCCAACAGCGUGUUCCAGUUCUUCUUCUGGAUUGGCUACUGCAACAGCUCCUUGAACCCUGUGAUCUACACCAUCUUCAACCAGGACUUCCGUAAGGCCUUCCGCAAGAUCCUCUGCAGGCAGGGGACUCAGACUGCCUGGGUGCCUGGCACGGGGAGCCCUUGACAACCCAUCAUUCUAGUAUCAGAGCAUCUCAUGGUCAUUAAAGAAUGUGUCCUCCAGGACAGCCUAAUGAGUGAGCACAGUGCUAUCAUCUCCACUUGACAGAUGGGGAACCGAGACCCAGAUACGAUUGCAAAGGAGCUAAGCAUCAUUUUCCCGAUCUUUACCCAUCACAGGGAGGUGACGUGACU